CGAGAUUUCCCUCAGUGUUGUGGUCCAGCUGACUGUGCGGUGGGGUGGUGACUGUGUACUCCGAACCUCGCAGCUCAACACUCGCUUGAAUCGCUUUCCGAGUUUUAGGACUAUUUAGGGACAGAUAAUCAUUUCCACUAAGACAUGGCCGAGACGGACCCCAAGUCGGUGCAGGACCUGACCAACGUGGUCCAGACGCUGCUGCAGCAGAUGCAGGACAAGUUCCAGACAAUGUCAGACCAGAUCAUCGGGAGGAUUGAUGAGAUGAGCACACGUAUCGAUGAUUUGGAGAAAAACAUCGCUGACCUGAUGACCCAGGCUGGUGUUGAAGAGAUUGAAGCGCCGCCGGAGAAAGCUAAAGAGGGUCAAGGAUCAUAAUGAAGGUUCCCAAACAACCUGGUGUGAAGUCGGUCCUAUAUUCAGGAGCAGCAGACUUUUCCAAUCUGAAAUUUACUUCUAUUGAUUUGGUGUGUCGUUGUGUGAAAUGCUUUUUUAUAUAUUGAAUAUUGUGAAACGGUUACAGUUAUGUAAUGACUUGAAAAGUUGAGCGUUAUUUGUAAGUUAGGAUAGUGUGAUAUGCCCUUUCAGAACUUAAAACGUGAAGGAAUGCAGAUUGUGGAUUUGACCUGGAGGUUGUUUCACCUGAAAUCCCUGGAGGUGACGACGGCUGACGGGGACAGAUUUGCCCCAGCCCGUCCUGAGGGGUAAAACCCACAGGCUAACGGCCAGUAGAACCUCCCUCCCUACCAACAUGGGCACAGUGAAGAUCUGAAGCUUGCAGUGUUUGACAAACAGCACUGUGACUACAAAGGUGUGGGAUGCAUUCCAAUUCUGAUACUCUUCUGCUAAAGCUAUUUAAUACACUGCUGUUUGUCAUGUCUGACAGAAUAAAUAUCUGGCCAGGUGCUGAGUGAAUUUUUAAAAAUACAACCAACUCUGAGGUGCUCACAGUGUUUUUCUGUAUUUAUUUUUUCAAGCCAGAACUGUAUUUUAUGAUGAAAAUUAUCUAGAACGUCUCGGUGUUGCAUGGUUUUUGGUCUGCCUUGUUUAUAAUGUGCUGAAUUCACAUUUUGGUAUUCUACUUUAAGGUCAACUAGGCUGACAGAAAUUAAUCUUCUAUAAUGUCACUUAUUCUGACGUCUGUGUGGAAUGAAGCUUUUACAACGAGAUGUGUUUUGACAAAUUGUACCCACAUCUGUCACUUCACUGCAUUUCAGGAACCUUUAUUCAAAUUAUUGCAAACAAAAUGUGCAAACAAAGCAACUAACAACAAUCUCCAAAAUAAAGUGCCAAAAGCACCAAACAGAAAUGAACAGAAGUGAAGAAAACAACACGAGGGCAGAGGUGGAUGGUGUUUUACACGAUCUGAGGUACAUCAGUAGUCUAUGAACAUACUAAAAAUGCAAUAUUAAAGUACUGUAUCUACUAUGA